AUGGAUCCUACUAGUCGCUCUGCCAAGUGUUCCCGUUGCUUUAAAAAUAACAAGGCGUGCAUCCCACUCGAUGCUCGUUGCCGUCGUGCAUAUGCCGACCUCCUCCUCGCCCAGGCCAACGUUCCUGCGACCGAAAAGUACAACGAUAACGAGCGACAUAGGGCAUGGCAAGGACAUCACACCAUCACUAUCACCGCCACGACGACAAAGACGACAAAGACGACGACAAUAACAAUGAUGACCGUAAUGAGGGAUAUCUCCCUCACCGUGUUCGGGGCCGUUGAGGCCGAAAGAAGGGCCGCAGAGAAGCAUAAUUUCACAGCCCUUAAGAUGCAGAAGCUUUCCCUGGAAGUGAAGAAACUUCGCCUCGAAAUUGCGAAGUUGGGUCAGUCUGAACACACCGUCUAUUCUGUUUGUUUACCCGGCGAUUUAACAUUCGACAUUGACAGAGCGGGAGGCGGCACCGCCGCCAACGCCACCACCGCCACCAUCACCAACACCAUCUCCGUCACCCUUCCGCCGAGACCCGGCCCAGGUGGCAUCGGCCGCGAGGCCGUUGACGUGGUAACACCGCGGAUGCUGACCGCGUAA